UCUGGUUUGUGACUUCAUUUUCAACGUACGCGACAGGUCGCUAUUCCUAUGCGAUAUCUGCAUUUGACAAUCUCGAAUCCGAAAAAGAUGGACAGUUAGCGCAUCCUUCGAAGUCGAACCUUGACCAGGGUUUCUACAAGCAUGACAGGUCCAUCUAGAACCCCGUGUCAUCCUUUGCGCAGAGGUUGAACCAAUGAGUAUAAGAACCAUGCUCUUCCUGCUGCAAGACUUCUCAAUAACAGCUUCAACUGCCUCAUUCUUCUAUCUCUCAAAGUAUUCUCACAAAAGCCAAAGACAACUUUCAGCAUGAAGUACCUCAGCCUCACCCUGGUUGCGAUGAUCAUCGGCACGGCCGUUGCAGCUCCUGCCCCAGAAGCCAAGCUUGAAACUCGUUGCUCUGCCGGUCUUUACCACUCCCGCGCUGCCUGCCAGGACGCUUGCGUCGGAGGCACGUGCGCCUACGGUGACUUGAUUGCCGUCUGCCACUGCUAGAUCGGAUUCCUGCUGGACGAAAAGAACUUCAUGGUCCUCGAAUGCUUGGUUCUGUGGGUAACAAGUGAUUGGUCAUGUAUAUUACUGGAAGCAAACCAUAGAUCUAAAUCUACUGCAAGAGAACGUUCAUGUGGA